AUGGAGUCCCUCGAGUCCGCCGAGUCUCUUGUCCAUAGAGACCUUAAUACUUGCACCGGGACCAAGCAGUGGUAUGUCUGCACGCGACCACUCAAGCAUGUCUACACUCUCGUUGACGACAUCUGGGCCCAUUGCCCGGUUGCCCAGUGUGACGCCGAGAACCACAACUACUUCCUCUAUGUCCACUUUGUCAGAACCAACUACCGUCUUGUCAACGGAUCCAUCUAUGAUGGAGCUACAGGUAUUAUUGCGUCGUCCUCGGUUCUGGCCGCCAGCGCGUCUCCGCCCAGUACCUCGUCCAACACCCCAAAUGCUGCGUCCUCAAACCUGGGCGCAAUCAUCGGCGGUGUUGUCGGGGGAGUUGCGGUCUUGGUCAUAUGCGCCAUCCUACUUUUAUGUUGCUGCCGCCGCAAAAGAAAAUAUGGGAAGCGCGAGAAGGGGACGGCUCUCGUCUCAUGGUACUCAUACAGAUUCACGCGGAAAGAUCGAGCAACUGCAUCCGAAAUGAAAGGAACACUAUCGCCAUUAGACAGCGAAGCAAAUAACAUUGCAUUAACAAUAGACUCAUUGAGCGCUGUCUCCCCAUUCACCAUGGAUAACACACGGGCAAGCCCGAUUCUCACCCCAGACCUAACAUUGGUAUCAUCGUCAACAAGCCUUAUCUCACACUCUCCCCACAAAACGCCCCCAGUCCCACCAACCAAAGCGCACUCAAACGAGCUCUUCGCUUCAGUUCCUCCACGCCAAAGAUUUACCCCAGAGCUACAAGACACGGGCUUCCAUCGCCUGCGCGCUGAACUAGCCUCUCAAUCACAGCGCGAGCUGAUCAACGUACCCAUGGAGCAACGACAGCGACAGCAGAAUCAUAUCAGGUCGAGGUCUAGUCCACGGGCUUGGGAGUCGCCUGCCUUGGCACCUAUAGCUACUCCGCAUGCAAGCCCUAGAAGAGGAACCGACAACGGAAGCGGCCACAGCCACAGCAAUAGCAAUGGCGGUAGUUUGGCGAGAAACCAAGCUGGGCGGGUCAUCACUGCCGAAGGAGUUGUCCUAGGCGCGAAUCUGGAUCGAUACUCCAAUGGCAUGGAAUUCGGAGAGUCCCAGGCCCGGGGAGAAAGGGGAGGGAAGGUUGAACGCGGUGGGACAGAUCAUGUUAUGAGUUUUAUGCAGUAUGGUGAGAGGCUGGAGGAUCGGGGCUUGGGAAACGGGCUUGGAAUUUCAAUAGGUGGUGGCCAUACUUCCAACCCCCAGGGACGUGGUAGUGCUUCCAGGUCGAGACCUAGGCCCGUGGAGCGCAGUUUGGAAGAUGAUAUUGCAGCUGCGGAUGGUAGUGCUGACGUCCCGCCUGCAUAUGAGGCGGAACAGGGCGCCCCUGAACAGGACAUUAAGUCUCCAUCUGGAACGAUGGGCAUGAGCCUGAGAGGGAUUUGA